AUGAGUUUACUUCAUUCACUCGAAGGUCUCGCUGGCAAAGCUAUUAAAGCAAAGCUUGCUGCCGCUCAAGGUGGAGGUGAUGAUGACGAAGAGUAUGAGUCUGAAGAAGAAGCAAGACCACCACAAAAAAAAGGACGUACACCAGAUGUUGCCGAUGCUCAUAAAAUCGCCGCUGAACAUUCCGGUCAUGAUGAAGAACUCUUCGAAAACGCGCUAAACAAAGCCAAAACCAAGGUUUCACGUGAAGACGAGGAGUCCGAUGACGACGUCGAUGCUGAACAUUACGAGAAACUUCAUCAAAAAGUUUACAAGCAAGCCGAGAGAAGGGAACAACGAAAACAAGGGGAAGAGGAGGAAAGUGAAAGUGAAGAGGAGGAAGAACACUCGUCUGCUUCUGGUCUUGGUGGAGCUGCUGCCAUGCAAGCGUUAAAGAUGUUCUCUGGUGGUAGCGGAGAUGGCGACGGCAAAAAAGAAAUGCAAGCGCAACUUGUUGGUUUGGCGAUGGGCGAAGCUGCAAAAUUAUGGGAAGGUAAAUAA